GCACUUGGAGCUUAUCGACAUGGAAGUGCUUGUUAGCGGAAAACUUUUUCAGCUUUCGAUUCUGGCUUGUCUCGGGGCCUGGGCCAUGGCUGAGUCCCAAUGCGGUCGUCUAGAAGAGAAACUAUUGUACACCACCCAGGAGAGCACAGAGCCUUCCGAGAAUCCCUGGAUUGGAAUUCUGUUGGAGGAGCAGGGUCCCCGUUAUCAGAAUUUGAGAUGCUCGGUUGUUAUUAUUAACGAGUUGCAUGUCCUCACCACCGCCACAUGUGUAAAACGCUUUAAAAAUCGAUCUGGUGACACUAAGGCUGUGGCUAUGUUGGGCGUUUGGAAUGAGGACGAUUCACCCGAUGAAGAGCUUGCCUGCAACGAAAAGGACUUCUGUGUUCCUGGCCCCAAACUGUACAAAGUUGUCGAAAUCAAGGUGCAUCCGCAAUCGGACAGGGAUACGGGAGAUAAUGACUUGGCCAUAUUGAGGCUGGAAAAGACUGUCGAGUGGAGCGCCUGGAUUCAACCGAUCUGCUUGCAGGGCAGUUCUGAGCCAGAGACGCUGACCAAUAGAAAUCUUCACUAUUCCGGCUUCAAUAAUGAUGGUACAAACAAGGGCAAGGGCCUCUCCAUGACGGUGUCCACGCGAAAGUGCAAACAACUGACCUCCUCCAGCGUAUUCUUCCCUGUAAACCAGUUAUGCGGUUAUCCCGUGAAGCGGACAAAGUUCUAUCCAGGAUCAGCACUGAUGGACAUCGAUGUACGUAGUGAUAAGCCGCACAACUUCUAUUUGGUGGCUAUUCUAGUUCGUAACGUGGAUGCCGGACAGGCCACAACCCAGGUGUACCAAAAUGUUCGACGUGCCCGCUCCUGGAUUAUGGAAAAUGUGAAAUAGGAAGAUUUCCAGCAGAUUGUACAACUUGAUUUGUAAAUUCUUAAAAGUUAUUAAUAAAACACAAUAGAGGAAGUAAAA